CAUGCAGGCAGCGAGGAGGGGCAGCGCCUUGGAGGCUGAGAGCGAUGACAUCGAGAGUCGAUCUGUAAGCCUCACGGGCAAGGUCGACAAGCAAGACCGACUGCGGCUGACGAUGAGAGAUGAAGUCGAAAUGGAGGCUGAGGAGGGCGAGGGCGUGGAGGAGGAGGCUGGCACAGGCCUCUCUCGCGCUUGAAGCUCGAGGCAAGUCUUAAAGGUGGACAAGAGGCAGACUCUGCGGCGGAAAUGUGGGCACGGGGCAAGCAACGAAGGUAAGCCUCAGGCUUGAAGGGCAGGGUUUAGGAGGCGCCGUUAUUUUCGGCAGGCGCCAGGCGCCGUUAUUUUCGGCAGCACUGCGGCAUGGCUCCUCGCCAGCACGGUGUAGGGGAACUUCGGAAGCCGCCAGGGCGGCCGGCGCCAGUUGAUCGGAUCCGAGUGACUCUGUGACUCGGAUCAUCCGAUGCCACCGGAUGUUCAAGUUUACGCCGUUGCGUGACGCGCCCGGCAUCCGCGGCCCGCCGGGCCGCCGGCCUAAGGCUGCAGUGCUAUGUACGGUAACCUAGUAACUCUGACUCACUGGCCAGUGCCAGCUUCAGUACCGUCUACGUGACAAGAACUUCGGCUCUCGCUCGGAAGCCCGGCGCAAUUUCGGACUGGAAGGAGUGACGCACAGAGUCCCUGGCAGACGAGUUGGAAGGACUCCGAGAAGGUUGAGACAUAUGGCACCGCCUCAGCAGGCCCUGAGGCAACGAGUUCGGACUUUCUUCAUCCUGAUCUGAACUGUCGGCGGUAGGCUACUGUCUGUACCGUACGUUUACCGUUGAAAACGGUUGUAGUGAAAUUCAACGAACUGUCGGUGAAAUUUG